UUUGGACCAUUCUAGGUAUUUCCCAUGGUUUCUAUUCAACGUCGGCUUCUUGAAUUUUUAGGGCCUUGAAUGUCUUUUCAGACAGAAGAGGCCAUCGCUGUUUACAUGUCUGUUCAUUUGCAUCUCUAGAAAUAUUCAGAAGAUAUGCUUGGGAAAGAGAGAAUGCUCAUUCAUUCAUCUUUCCAACUCUUUAUCUCUGUUGGAUUCUUACUCUUCUGGGCUGUCAUCUCGCAAAUUCCCUUGGGUUCGAAACUUUCAGUUGUAGAAAACAACCAGUGGACCUCCUCCAAUGGGAAUUUUGCCAUUGGAUUCUUUCACCGUUCGGAUCAGUAUAGUGUUGGGAUCCGUUUCUAUUCAAAUUCUGUUCCAAUUGGUAAACAAAUGGUGGUUUGGGUUGCCGGAGCUGAACUUACAGUGGGCAACAAGUCUUACCUCCAGCUGACCCAAAAUGGAGAACUGGUUUUGUUUGAUUCCAUAAGAGGAGUCGUUGCUUGGACAAGUGAAACUACCAAUUCAUCGGUUGCUUCAGCAUUUCUUCUUGACAGUGGCAAUCUUGUUCUUCUCAACACAAACAGAGAGAUUGUUUGGCAAAGCUUUGACACCCCAACAGACACACUCCUCCCAGGGCAGAAUUUCUCUGUUGCCAAAAUGCUUCGUGCUGCUAGCAGGAAUUCUGUGUCAAGUUACUACAGUCUUCAUGUUGAAGGUCGGUUGCUACUCCGGUGGGAAAAUAACAUUGUAUACUGGACCAGUGGAAGCCCUUCUCAAUCAAUCCUCCGAGCUAUUCUCAGCUCUGAUGGAACCCUGCAACUUCUUGAUCAAAGAUCCAAAGUGGUUUGGUCUGUGUUUGGAGAAGAUCACAAUGAUUCAGAUGUGAAACUCCGGUUUCUGAGGCUAGAUGUCGAUGGAAAUCUUCGGCUGUACUCUUGGCAUGAUGUUUCAAGGUUAUGGAGACCGGUUUGGCAAGCUGUUGAGAAUCAGUGCAACGUCUUUGCAACCUGUGGCCUCUGUGGCAUCUGCAUCUUCAAUGCAUCAGGCUCCUCUGUUUGCAGAUGCCCAUUUUCAUCUACAAUGGAGUCUAACUUGGAAUGUUUGGUUCCAUAUGGGCAGGACUGUAUGUCUGGUUCCUUCAUGACUACAUACGAGCACACCUCCCUGCAUGGGGUUUACCCACCAACUGAAACAAUCACACGAGCAAGUUUGCAUCAAUGUAAGCGUUUGUGCCAAGAAGACCCUCGUUGUACUGCUGUGACCUUCACCAAUGAUGGGACUGCACAAUGCCGAAUUAUGAGAACUCGAUACACUACUGGUCAAUCAGACCCAUCUUUAAGUUCAAUAGCUUUUGUCAAGAGGUGCUCCGAUCCAAUUGCCGCUUUACCCAUAUCCCCUGCAUCUUCAUUUGUGUCAUCCUCAUCAUCAUCAUCAUCAUCAUCCCCACGUGAUACUUCACUGAAACGGUUGAAUAGGCUUUGCUUUCCUUGUCUAAUUGGAGUGGCAUCAGUCACAUUUGUAGUGUUUAUCCUAAUUCAGAUUGGGAUUGGCUUCUGCAUCUACAAGAGAUGGAACUAUAUCAAGAGGAAAGCUGCUUUAGCUUACACCGGCCCUAACUCAAAAGGUUUGAUCACAUUAACCUUCUCUGAAAUCAAAGACGUUACAGGAAAUUUUAAGCACCAAAUUGGACCAAAGAUGUUUAAAGGAAUGCUUCCAAAAAACCAGCCAGUUGCAGUCAAAAACCUGAAAGGAGCUACUAUGGAAGGAAGGAAGUUCCGAAGCACUGUUGUAAAAAUAGGAAGCAUUUAUCACAAAAACCUUGUGCAGCUGGAGGGUUACUGUUGUGAGUCAGAUCAUAGAUUUUUAGUUUACGAGUUUGCCAAGUAUGGCUCACUGGGAAGAUGCAUAGAAAACCCUAAGUUGUGCAAGAGGCUGACAUGGCGAAAGAGAAUAGAGAUCUGUUUAACAGUGGCAAGGUCCAUUUCGUACUUGCACACGGGAUGCAGGGAGUUUGUAAGUCACGGAAAUCUAAAAUGCGAGAAUGUGGUUUUCGAUGAAAACUUCAAAGCCAAAGUGAGUGAAUUUGGGUUAGGGAGAGUUCAUGAUGACCGUGGGGGAGCGGCAGAGGAGGAUGUAAAAGAUUUUGGCAAGUUGGUGGUGAAAUUGCUGAGUGCACGGCAAGAAGCUGACGAUGUGUGCGAAUGGGCUUAUGAGAAUUGGGUAAAUGGACAGGCUGAGAAGGUAGUUGAUGCAAGAAUAGAGGAUGGGGUGAAUUCAGAAGAGUUGGAGCGGGUGUUGAGAAUUGCUUUUUGGUGUUUGCAAGUAGAGGGGCAAAUGAGGCCUUCAAUGGGUGAGGUCAUUAAGGUGUUAGAAGGAACCUUGACAGUUGAUCCCCCACCACCUUUCAUUUGCCAGCAUCCUCAAGAUUAGGAAGAGGAGUCAUCAGAAUCUGAACUAGAGCCUUAGAACCCUAAAUCAAAUAUGAAUAUUGAUUUAAUUUGCUGGUUUUUCUCUCUUCAUUGUAUAGUGAAGCUAACUGAACUGAUGCAAUAGUUAUGUAUUUUUAUUUUCCACCCAUACUCUUUGAGAUGGGCAUGCCAUUUUUUUCACCCCAACAAAAUUUUUGGGUGUUUUUAGCCAUUGCCAAGGAAUGAAUGAAUUGUUUUGAAGUGU